GCCUACUUAAAGUAUAUCGCGUCAAAGCAAAAUGGCGGACGACCUUACAUGAUAAGCACUGAACAGUAAAUAAGCUAAGAGUUCGCUUCAUUGUUCAUAGCGACUACUGCGAUGAUUCAACUGUGAUGGAUUUAGACCAGCAGUGUCCAAAAUGCAAGACUAGUAAAUAUAGAAAUCCUAAAUUAAAGCUUUUGGUCAACGUUUGUGGCCAUAAACUUUGUCUGAACUGUGUUGAUGUACUUUUUACUCGGCCUUCAGCUGCAUGCCCUGAAUGCAGUACUCCAUUACGAAGAAGCGACUUUCGAGUACAGCAGUUUGAAGAUCUGAUCGUGGAAAAGGAAGUUGAUAUAAGAAAAAGAAUAGUAAAGAUUUUCAACAAAAGGGAAGAUGACUUUUCAAAGGAAGCUGAUCCUCUUCGUGUCUACAAUGAUUAUCUUGAGGAAGUUGAAACGAUUGUAUGGAAUCUAGCAAACAACAUCGAUGUUGAUGAAACAAAUCGAAAAAUUGAACAGUACAAGAAAGAAAACGAAAUCUUGAUCAAGAAGAAUUCAGUAAAACAUAGUCGCGAUGAAGAGUUAUUGAAAUCUCAAAUUGAAGCAGAGGACAAAGAGAGCGAGCAACGACGAUCGCAGUUUGAAAAUGCCAUGAAAGAUGAAAAAAUGUCGAAAAAGAAAGAAAAAGAAGCUUUGAUUGAUGACCUGAUAAGCUCCACAAAGUCGGUCGACGAAAUAAUAGCUAGUCACAAAAUUGAAAAGAAACCAUCACUGUUUUUCAAAGCGGCAGAGUCACAUGUAUUCAAACUUAACAAAGAAGAACAUGUUCCCUUGGUGAUAAAAGAAACAGCACCUUGUUAUACAUAUACCCCGUUGGUCGUUGAAAACUACGGACCCAUUCCUCCCAAAACUUCCAUUCUUAGGAACAAAGGAUAUUUAUCCAAUAUUCGUGCUGCCAAAGUUUUGGAACGUGCUGGCGGUUAUGGAGAAGAGAUUGCGUGCGAGAGAGCCCUUCAGGAAGCCUUCUCUUCGUUGUUUACUUAGUUAACAAAAAACAAUAUAUUAAUGCCAAAUAUUUCACUAAAAACCUUACGUUUUUUGCGUUGUUUUUUUUGGAGCGGAGAGAAUGGGAGGGAGUAAUGUGUGAAUAAAUCAGGAAUAAAUAGAAGUUACGUUUAUUA